UGCUUCAUAUAUUUACUUGCAUUGGAGUUCUUUGGGUUACUUUUUAUGCCUAUAAAAUCUCUAUGGUAGUAUAUCGGAGGGUUUUCAGGUAGAUUUUUUAAUAUAUCUAUUUCCAUCUAGGAAUAUUCCCAAUACCAGCUUUUAUUCUUACCUGGUAGACUAAGAUAAGCUGCUUUAAUAUAUCUUUUCAGGAAAGGAUAUGAUCUCAAAAGUAUCUACUGUCCAAAAGGUGAUGGAAGUAUCAUUAUUACUGGAGCAACUGAUGGUAUCGGGCUAGAAUAUACUUACCAGUUCAUCUCAAGAGGAUUUGGUGUAGUAAUGAUAGCCAGGAAUGAGAAGAAACUAAAGCACCGUAUAAAAGAGAUCAAAGAAAAGCACCCUCAAGCAAAUGUGGAUUACAUCCAGUUUGAUUUCGAUACCUACAACUAUCCUGAUGAAAAUGGCCAAACUCAGUACUCAAAAUUAUUCCAAAAGAUUGACAGUCUCGAAGCUGAAAUCGUUGGUAUUGUCAACAAUGUAGGUAUCCUUACCAUCCAGCCUUAUGAAUUCAUGCCACAUGAAGUGAUAGACAGAAUGAUCAAGGUAAAUUGCCUCCCAGCUGUCCAUCUCACAAGACAUAUCAUACCGAAAUUACUAAAAAGAAAAAGCAAAUCUCUGAUAUUAAACAUUGGGGCUGGUUUUGGAGAACAUGGCUUUCCUGGUGUAGCAGUGUACGGUGGAACCAAAGCAUUUAUCCAUAGCUUCACUGAAUCUUUAUCUAGUCAAUAUGGAGGAGAAAUAGAUGUGAUCUGCUCUGUCCCAUCUCCAGUAGAGUCAAACAUGAAUCCUCCAGGGAUGAAAAUUCCUUUCUCUAUCACUGCUAGACAGCACGUUGAGGGAACUCUGAAGGAAAUUGGAUAUGCUGAUCAAACAUAUGCCCACUUAAAGCAUGAUAUUAUCUCUCUUAUAGCAAAGACUCCUCUAUUCGCUAGAGAGCUAAGGAAAAGGCAAGCUAAUCAUGAAGAAGAGAUAGCUAAAUAUGAGAGAAUCAGAAAAGAGUACCAAUCAAAAAGUACAUUUAAAGAAGACUAG